AUGAAGGUGGUGGUAGAAAAUUUGACAGGAACAUUGUUCUAUGUCCAAGUGAAAAAUGAUGCCACGAUUCACGAUCUAAAGAGAGAAAUUGAAGCCCAACAGAAGCUACCUUUUGAACGUUUAAUCCUUGUUGUCGAUGCUGAUCAUAGCCCUUUGAUGAGCAAAGAGGAAGAAGAAAGAGUUUCUCUUGCUGAAUAUGGAGUCCAAGAUGGAUCUCACGUAUACCUUUUUCUCAACCCUGUUGAUGAUAAUAAUAAUAAUAAUAACAAUAAUCAUCCUACUGAUCAAGUCAUAUUCAAUUUACCAGAUGUUUUUAUUGGUCAAACCAAUUAA